AUGAGAUUUACAAACAUCAUCCAAUUGUUUAUCGUUCUUACAGUGGGUAUGUAUUUUGUUACCCAAAUUACCAAUUGCUCUACCAAUGAUGAACUCAUGUUGCUUCAAGCAAGAAGAAGCCUGAGGACAACAGAAGGCCCAAGUCGUGAAAGCAUCAAGGUAAAAGGAAAUGCAUGGAAAUCUACAAAGCAAGCAAAUUCGAUGCCACAUACAUAUGAUGCAAUCAAUAAUGAAGAUGCAGAAAUUGUUUACAACAUCGAUUAUCAAGGUGUGAAAACUCACCCGAGUCCGACUCCCACCAAGCAUCCAUGAAAACCCACCUGCGUCCAACUCCCACCAAGCCUCCAUGAAUGUUGAGCCACAGCGUACCAUCUACUGGCACCAGUUGUGCAUUAAAAUCUAGAAUCAAUUUUACCAUUGUAUCGAUUGAUGAACUUACAAUAUGAAUAUGACAUACGUUCCUUUA